AUGAAACCAGACGAUGUCGUUGUGCAACUAAAACGCAAUGGCUCCUUUGAUCAACUACGCAAACAGCUACUCACAGACUUUCAGAAUGAGCCUGAAGGCAAAGCAUUUCUAGCCAAGAUCAACGACUUUAUGGAGACUAUGAUACUCAAGGAUCCAACACUGCUGGAAAAAGAUCGUUCAGCGUUCCUUUCGUUGGUUACCAGUGAGCUGGAAAAGGAAGGCAUGUAUCAAUCCGUCAAGGAACAGGUUCUUGAAAACAUGCUACAAAAGAAGGAUUAUCAAGAUCAGAUCGAUGAGCAGAUGGAACAAGUGAUUGCUAGUCGUCAAGAGCCUUCGUCGUCGUCCUCGUCAUGA